AUGCUGGCCAAGUUACUAACACCAAGCACAGCCAAACAAAUUUCUCUGCGUUUCAACUCUCUUAUCAAGAAUAACAAUUCCGUGAACGUCUGUAACCUUGGAUUUGUUCACCAACAAAUCCGAGAGUUUUCUUCAAAAUUAAAUUACCUUCGGAACAAGACAAGCUCGAACAGCCGUGAUGAUGAUAACUAUCAUCCAACCCAGCCUGGACAACCACAAUCUGCUGCAAAUUUAGAGCAAUUCAAUUUGAUACAAUACGAUCCAAACGUGGUAUUCAUUUCAGGAUAUGGUCAGCGUUCAUUCUUUUUAGGUAACACUAGAAUUUUCGGAAGUAUAUUCGCGACCACUAAACAAGUCUUUCUGUGGGAUGUGUCUAAUCCCCACGACAUCACUAUUGAGAGCUUGGCGUUGGCUGAGUAUUUAAACCCAACUCCAACGUUAUUGCUGGUUGGAACUGGACACACCAUGGUUCGAUUGCCACAAGAAGUUCAUGAACAUUUCAGAAGUAAUGGUGUUGUCAUUGAGGAAAUGCCAAGUGUGAAUGCAGUGAGCACAUUCAACGUACUAAAUCAGGAAGGGCGCGAUGUUUGUCUUGCAUGUUUAUCCUUAGAACCGGUAAAUGUUCGAGAGUUGACGCCAACCAAAGCACCAACUUUAUUUAUUGAGAUUAAGGAUGCAAUUUCUCGACUACCACCUUCAAUUAUGUAA